AUGGCUGCUACCUACAGCAAGGACCUCCCCGCAUCGGUCCAGCACCUCGUCCACGCCGGCGACCGCCUCGCCGACGUUCCCCUCCACCCGCACUCGGCCGCCUCCCCCGGCUCGUCGUCCACCUCGUUCCGCCAAGACGCCUCGUCCUCGUCGACCACGACCACUGCACCGUUCGACUUUGACGCCUUUCGCGAGGCGCAGGGCGCACAGCUCGGCGACCGCCACCUCGACCGCGCCUGGGCUGGAGCCGCACCCUCUCCUGCCCCCGAUACCGCCGCCUACCCCGCGCGAGCUGUCGAGGAGCGCGGCUCGGCGCAGGACGGCGCAGAGCUGGCGAGCUUGAUCGGCGGCGGCGGGCUCGUCGACGCGGUCGACGGCGAGUGGGAGGGCGAGCUCCUCGCGCGGCAGCACGAGCCGUGGCGCGUCGAGCUCGAGUCGCGCAUGCCGCUCGACCCGUUCGCUGCGUCGUCGUCGUUGUCGUCGAGCGCCAAGGGCAAAGGUCGCGCGAGCGAGGCCGAGCCGGCGCAGGCGCAGCGGGCGGGCGACAUGUCGCCGACCUCGAGCGAGCUCCUCUCGUCCCUCUCGUCGCUCGACCUCGCCGACAAGGCCUACCUGCGCACCCUCCUCGCCCAGGACGCGCCGACCGUCUUCGACGACUACUUCUCGCGCGGCUCGUACACCGACGACGUGUACGGCCUGCCGCCGGCCGUCCAGCGCAUGCUCGACAAGGCGGCGCAGCGCGACGACCAAGUCGGCGUCGAGGAGGGCCGCAAGAAGGCCGUCAGGCGGCUCGGUAUGGUGCUGCGCCACAUGCAGCAGGCGGGCGGUGGCUCGGUCGAGGCGGUCGAGCGGCAGGCGGCGGGUCUCAGCCUGAGCGGCGGGGCAGGGUUGCAGGGAGCAGCGGCGCCGAUGGCGGCGGUCGGGCAGCACGACUCUCUCCAUCAGUCACAUAUGACCUCGAUGCACUCUCGCCACGCCCCGCUGUUCGCCUCCUCGCAACAUCUCGCCCAGCAAGAUGCUCAGCAGAACGCCUACCAUGUUCAGCAAGCCUCGACGACCUCGUACGCCGACUACGCCGUCCCUUCCUCCCUGUCCGAGUCCGCCUUCAUCACCAUCACGCCGCCGCCCUCCUCUCCUCCUGCACCUCUCGCCGCACACGCUCCUCCCGCCCCUGAGCGCCCCUCUGCCGACACCGACGCCGAGCUCGACGCACCCGCAUCCUCGACGGCCGCGCUCCUCGAGCACCACAUGACGCGCGUCCGGAGCAACAGCGAGGGCAGGUUCGGCCCGGCCUUCUCGCGCUCGCCAUCGCCCGUCGAGGGAGCUGCGGCAGGUGGGACCGGUGCUGACGACGAGCAGAUGCGGGCGGCCACGCCGAGCAGGGAGGGCGAGCCUUUGGCGAACAGCGAGGGGAGGACGCACUGAGUAGCUCGGGGCGACGAGG